AUGACCUCGGAAGCUGACUGGGUUCUUCAGCGCCCCGUAGCCCUGCACGUUCUUGGGUCCAGUAUUAUUUGCCUAGCUACGAUAUUCCGCGUCGAGAUCCUGUCCGAUCGACGCGUUCUAAGCGUAACCAUAAAAGCGUUUAUUUGGUCACACCACAGCAUCAACGACGCGAUGCACAGAGAUGAUAUCCACUCCGGCGCGCUAACCUUUGUUCAAGUAGACGUGCCCCUUGGCAGACAAACCAACCGCGCCAACCUUACUUAUGAGGCCAUAGCGCAUAUGAAGACCUUCGCCGAUUUAAGUACCGCUUUGCUCGCUCGUAGGAUAGCGGACUUGGUCUACGGGGGACCCCAGGCUGCUCCUAUGGAUCAGGCGGAAGCCAGCGACCCUAUCGUGGUUGCUCCGUCCUUUCAGGUUCGCGGAACAACCUUGAAUUUGACCAACGACCAAGCGGAAGACGUUCGACUCGCAUUUAGCAACAAUCCGACUGUGGCCAUUCAAGCGCUUUCGGUACAGGUAUGA